AUGUUUGUAACAAACGAAGUUGUCGCUCGCCGGCUCGCUCAAGCGUCUCGACAAUUCGAUUCCGACAAGCGGCGGAUCGGAUUCGGGCGAAACUCACGUAAUCGCAUCGCGCGGCCGGGAACACAAAUUAUUCGUGCGCCGAAACUGGCUAACUUCGUCAACCCUAUAAAGGAGGUAAAGAACAAAGCGGAACCACAAUUGGCCGCGUCGAUCCUCUACCUGAGUCGAUGGAAGUUUUAA